CAGUGCCACUGAUAUCAGUAAUCACUCUUCUGAGUUUCUCGUCAGAAACGGCAUGCUACAAGACUUCUUGUUGCAUUAACUACUUAACUAAAGUGCUGGUGCUGCGAUAUGCUUCAUCUUGGCUUGAUUGAAUCGUAGACAAUACGAUAGCACUAGCUGCUAGGACUCGUCUAGCAGAGCUUACUGCUUGGUUUGGAUACUGCACAAGUAUCCAUUCUAUCCCAAGAACCUUGGAAAAUUUUUGAAAUUUGAAAGAUUGACGCUACGGUACUCGAGCAGCACUGCCAGCACAUCGUUCUGAUAAAUAUGGGCAAAUUCUGCUGUGUCCCUGCUUGCAACAACCGUGCCAGUCGCGACAAAUUCGAUACCAGAGGCCAGGCCAUUGGAUACUUUCAGUUUCCACCGGAGAGCGACUCCCGUCGUCCCGUGUGGAUCCAUAACAUCCGACGCGACCCAGGUCCGUACUUCAGCAUCGCGGGCACCACCUGCGUCUGUUCCCUGCACUUCGAGGAAAACUGCAUUGAACGUCUGGCCAUCUCCACGGGGUUCCGUCUGCGUCUCACUAAAGACGCCAUUCCGACACGAUUCAGCUGGAACCACGAGAACGACGCUGAGGUCUUCGCGAAGCCUGAACCAAACUCGGACACGAUGAACGGCGACGACACGAACGGUGGUUAUGAGGACAGCAAAGAGCCCAACGGCCAUGCGGGCGGUGAAGGGAAGACCCCCAACAAACGGAAGAUGAGUAUGCCUCAACCGCGUUCUUCCAAAGUCGCUCGCGCGGGUUCCACCCGAAACAGUCCAUACCCGUCGGUGCGUAAGGAGACCUAUGCUGCCGGCACCGAAGCAGCGGAGGAAUUCCGCUCCAAAGAAGAAUCCGACCGGGAGAUUCUCCGUCUACGCACGACGGUGCAGGUGUUUGAGAGGAAGUUCGCUGAGAUGUCGCGAUUAGUGAAUGAACUGCGCUCGACCACGAUUAAAAUGCUGGGUAUCAUGUCGGUCGGAACGAAGGAGUACGGGGACGGAAAGCCGUAAUUCGAAGCCGGAACCCUAGGGUACUUAUUGGCAAACUUAUUGUAAUGGUUUUGCCAGUUUUUGCUGCUGCAUUUGAAAUUGAGCAUCUUCCGGAAAAGCCUAUGAUAAUCAAUUCCGAUUACCAAAAAUCGCCUGCAUGUGUAACCUUUGGCUUCUUAAAAAUGAUGUGCGAAGAAGCUCUUGAUAUUCAGAUUUAGAACGAUGCAGAUUCCAGCAUCUUGUUCGCUGAUUUUAUUUUCUUAUGUUGUGCGAACUGCGAUUGUCAUCUUGCAUGUUAUUGCUUUGAUUAAGUCCUUCGCUUUUCUUAUCUUUUUAUUAAGUACUCAACCAUAUUCACCGGGUGGAAUGUCAACGCAGCGGACCGCGUGUUUCGUAUU